GACAGCGGCGUGGUUAUUAAACUUUGUAUUGGGCGAAUAAAGAAAUGUCAGAUUAUCAACCGGUAAUAAGAUAUGGCCAUUCUACUGUUAGAGUAGGAGACUACUUAUACAUGUGGGGUGGGAGCCAGCCUGAUGACUUAGAUCUUGAUUUAAAACUAAACCCAGCCCAGCCUUCUUCCCAGCCACAAUCUUUCGACAAUAAAUUUGUUUUGGUCUAUCACUUGCCAACUGGCAAAUGGGAGCAAAAAGCUACUACUGGUAAGCUCCCCCCUGGGAGUACGGGAUAUGCAUCUGCAGUUAUUGGAAAAGAGAUCCUCUAUUUUGGAGGCUGUUGCAAUCACAUCGACUGCUUUCCUCGCUGUUUUCACAAUAGUUUGUAUGGCCUUAAUGUUGACACCCUAAACUGGAGGGAAGUUUCUCCCAAUACUUCUCAAUCUGGCCCCAUGAUGAAGGAAUCUGCUGGUAUGAUAGCUGUACAAGUUGAUGAAGAAGAUUACCUUGUAGUGUUUGGGGGUCACGGACCAUCUUCUGAAAAUACUCCAGCACAACCAAGUGCUCAGUACAGCACAGAAGGAUUCAGCAUUGAAAAUAUGCAAUGUACUAAUGAAUUACAUUACUACAGGAUAUUGACAGGGGAAUGGAUUUCUCCAGAUAUUGCUGGAGACAGACCACCUCCUAUUACUGGCUUCACUCUGACGUCAGUAAAUCAUAGCAGUGCCAUAUUAUUUGGAGGCUUUUCUCCCAGUGCUGACUAUAAAGUCAGUGACAAACUGUACGUCAUGGUUUUUAAUAAAGAACAACUGUCUUUGGAGAUAUCAGAAGUUCCUAAAUCUUCGCAAAAUUGACCAUGUGCAAGAUCUGCUCAUUCAAGCGUACUUAUUAAUGUUGGUUCAAUUGGACCACACCUUUUAGUAGUAGGUGGAUUUGAAAUUUCUGAUUGUUGGCUACUUGAUGUGACUAAUAAAAUUUGGGACGAGGUCAGUCUACCGAAAUUAGUUGCUGAUAGAUAUUAUCAUUCUCUCUCAGUGUGGAAUGUGACUCCAAACACUAGUUGGGUAAUUGAGUUUGGAGGACACAGUGCAUUAUCAACUAUGUCUGUUAUUGAAUGCACACAUACGAUGAUUAGCAAAUGGUCUUUUGAUGUAGUUCCAUUUAAUCUCUACACAAAUAAAUUACAAGAGAUAAUACUAGAAACGGCUGAUCAUUUUUAUUUGGAGGACUGUAGUGCUGAGGUACAAAGUCAACCACAGAACAAUGAGAAACUUCAACAACUAACAGAAAAGCAAGAAAGUCAACUAAAGGAAGUUGAAUUGCAGCUUGAAUAUCUUCAAAAAAUGGUUCAGAAAACACAAGAAGAGCUUAAAGCAAGUGAGCAAGAGCUCAAAAAGCUUAACCUCGAAGAAAUAAAGAAGAAAGCAAUGAUAGAGCUCCUUCAGAAUUCUUUCCAGAAUCAAUGUAAUCAACAGCAUGAUCCAAGUUUCAGAAAGCAAUUAGCAUCUUUCUUCAGUUUUGAUCAGAAAAAAAAGAGAUCUGGUGUCAAAAUUGAAGAAUUAGUAGAGAAAUCAAUGAACAAAUAUUUAAGAGAAUAUGGGCUUCUAAUGCCUGAAGUCAAAAGUUGCAGAGAAGUAGCUGUCCAGUGUGAUUACCUCAUCCGUCAGACAGACUUGUUUGACUCUAGUGUCACUAUAGCCGGACAGGAGCGAUUUCAUCUAAACGAAAAUAGCUCCUCAUUUUAUUGGGAGGAGUUUGGAUUCAAACUACAGUGUCCUUGUGGAGCAGUGUCUGAGGAUACUGAAGUAACUGUUAAAGCGAUAGUAAAAGGUUGUUUUGACCUUCCCAGAGGUACUGAACUUGUCAGUGCAGUAUAUGCGAUAUCAGUAUCUAAGGCACUCUUAAAACCACUGGUAAUAGAGCUAGAACAUUGUGUGGAUCUAAGGAACACUAGUCAGACUGAUUGCCUAAAGUUUGUCAGAGCUCCACUGAAGCCUCCCAAUGCUUACCAGUUCAGUAUAGUUGAAGGAGGAUCUUUUAGUGUUGGGAACAGAUACGGUUGUAUUGAACGCGAUGAAUUCUGUGCUCUUGGUAUUGCACAUGUUGCUGAGAUGAGUAAUGGAGAGACAACUAAUGGAGGUGGGAAUGAAGGAGGUACACAAACUCAAGGAACAAAUAAUGAUAGCCAAGAGCAAGCUAAUGGAGAUACGCAAACGCCAAGUGAUAGUGAGAAUGAAGCAAGAGAGAAUAGUGAAGAAGCCUCUCCAUCAAUAAUUAACACACCACCUAACGAUGCUAUGGAAUCAAUAGAACCAAAUUCUCAUAAUCAUGAUUAUUCCACUCCUCGUGCAGACAAUAAUGCACCAUCUGGUGAUAUGCUGUAUACUGGACUGUUGUAUUAUGAACAAAAGGAAGUUGGUUACAGGAGAAUUAGGUAUUGGUAUUCCGUUGUGAGAGAUUUGCAAGUUCUCAAACAGUAUUUAAAGAAAAGGCAAGCUUCAAAUGUUGAACAUGAUGAUGUUGCUGACUUAUUUAAGUUUAUUCAACCAAAUGGAACUCUUCAAUUGAUUCUAAAACCUCCCCAACGAGAAUCAGGAUGGACUGUUGAUCCUGACAGAGAACCAAUGGAGCUUUAUCAGUCAAGAGUUGACCUAUUUCCAUCAGACCCCUCAUAUGCAACUUGUAGCUUGUCAGUGUAUGCUAAACCUGGCACUGCUCAGGAGCCACUUCAUUGUUCUAUUGAAUUAAUUGGAAUAGAUCCUUCAAGAAUUGUCUACAUAAAUGCAUCCCCUCCUCCUCCUUCAUCAAUGAUAGACAGUACUACUGGCUCAAAUUCCUCUACUGCUAGUAUCAGUCAAACCAGGAGAGAGACUGAAGAAGGUACAUGUAGAUCUGAUAUUGCUUAUGGAGUAAUGACAGAAUGUACUGGAAUGAUAAAGGAAAGGCUCGAUCUAAAUACAUUAGUAGAUAAAUAUGGCUCCAUAGAACGCAUUCAGUUCAGUCUUUAUGGUAUUGUAGCUGAAAUGAGUAACGGCAAUAAUAGCAAUGGAGAAUCCACUCCAUCAGAUACUGACAGUGAGUAUGGUACACCAACAGGAUCAGAUAAUGACGAUGAUCCUCCUAAAGCUAGUGGUCAUGUAUCAGAUAGUACAGAGUUACUUUGCAAACAGCCUGCGGGCACUUCUCCGCACUCUCCUUUACAGAAUGGAACUAUUCUUCCUGGUGAAGUAUUAUACACUGGAAUGUUGUAUCAUCUACAAAGAGAUGUUGCCACUUGGACAACUAAAUACACUGUUGUGAGGGACUUAGAGGUUUUAAGAAAGUACUUAAGGGAUAAUUUUCCACAUGCUGAACAAGAUGACAUUGAUGCAUUUAAAUUUAAGCAGCCAGAGGGUAUUCUUCAGUUGCAGCUAGAUUUCCAACAGCAGCCUGUAGGAUGGAGUGUACACCCUCGAAAAGAUCCAAUGGAGCUUCACCAGUCAUUAGUGGACAAAUUUGAUCCUUUAUACUCUAGUUUCAGCAUGUCAGUGUAUGCUAAACCCGUUGCUCAAGACCCACUUCAUUUUCCAAUUAAAUUAACAGGAAUAAAUCCUGAAAUGAUUAUUUAUAUCAACAGAUCACCUCCAUCUUCUAAUUCAUCAACUAGUAGAUCUAGUACACGUCACUCAAUUACAGAAGCUAGCCUGCGUGAGAAAGACUUUGAGCCUCACAAAGCGGCUGAAGUGAUGAGAAAACACAUUCCACUAAUAAUAAGAUCACAAAUCAGCCUUACAACUUUUGCUAUUAAAGCAUUAUCAAGGCAAAUUAUUAACAGACAAGAAAGAGAUGACAUAACAGACACAAGUACAGGAGAAUCCACAGAUAAGAGGAUGAAUAAAUUGCUUGAACUUGUUGCCGUGGCUAUACAAUUCAAAGGAGCAGUCUUUGGAGAUUUCUUAAACAUACUAAGAGAAGAAAAUAAUGUAAGAGCUGAUACGUUAGUUAGCAUGCUAGUAGAGGCAUAUGAAAUAUGA